AUGUCAACCAGGAAAGUUAGAGUCAAGAAGUUGAGCGUCAAGACGCUUCUUCCUGUGCUCAGAGAGACCGAUAUCGAUGCUGCUGAGUACGAAUCUUUGACUACCGAGACUCAAAUCGCGACCGGUGUCGAAGCCGCCGAAGAAACUGAAUACCAUCUCCAGUCAAUUCUUAAAGAGGCAGGCACCAGCAAUGACCAAGAAAUUCCUGUCCCGCCUCCUCAGGAGAGUCAGAUCAACUAUGAUCAACUCUACCCCAGUAACUUUCAGCAACCUACCUCUUUCAUUCGCUUCUCGCAGACUGUCGAGGAAUGCAUUGGCGUUUCGUAUGACAUGACAACUGAGGAUGAUGAGUUCUUGAAGCAGUACAAUGCCACCAAGAAGACAGUCGCCUCUCAACUGUCAGAAGAUGACUUUGAGCGCAUUAUGGAAGUGUUCGAAGACACAGCUUCUGAACAGACUCCAUUCGCUUCCAUAGACAACACAGUGGUCGGCUAUGAUCUGAUGGUGCCCUCUCUUACCUCGCUCGGUGGCAACAAGCUCAUGGCGCACUCCAAGUACGUCUACGAGCACUGGAAGACGCGCCGGCAGACGCUCGGCAACAAACCUAUUCACCCAAGCGUCAAGUUCGAGACACAUCAGGAAAGUGACGAGGCCGACCCAUAUGUGUGUUUCCGACGCCGUGAGGCCAGACAAACGCGAAAGACACGGCAACGAGACGUUCAGAGCGCCGAGAAACUCAAGCGACUUCGCAGAGAACUUGAAGAUGGUCGGCAGCUCAUCAUCCAGUCUUAUGAGCGCGAGAUGCUCAAACGUGAACUACUUACCUUUGAUCGGGCCAUAUUCGAGCAGAGAGCCAAACUCAAGGAGAUGAAGGUCAAGCUCGGCAUCAAAACCGAGGACGACGACCUCAUCAACCACAAGGUAUGUCAAACACCAUCGUCCGGCAGUCCAGAGACGUGUGCUGACCGGGCACAGCCUCCCAAGAAGAAGCCCGUGGAGGCGCCUGCUCUCCAGAAGCCACCCGGCAACCACCUUCGCAUUGCCGUGCGGCCGGAUGGUCGAUCCAUGGAGGCAGACUUGUUGCAGCUGGCAGAUAAGCUCGCUGAAAAGGAGAAUGAGUUGCGCGCAGAUGUUGAAAGCAAGGUCCACAACCACCGAAAGUGGAACCAGAACCAUGUGGACCUCACGCGAGACCCCCUGUCCCCGGUCAAGGAACAACGUAUGGAGGCCAGCUUCCGUCCUGCCAAGACUCAGUAUCUGAUGACGCCUCCCGCAUCCACAUCUUCCGAGUCAGAUGCCAUGGACGUUGAUGAAGAACCCGAACCUGUACCUGAUAGAAGCGACAUGUCGGUCUUCCAGUUCACAGCCGGCGGCGGCAAAGAGAAGCCUUCCAGCAGCCAAGCAGCCUUCCGCCGACGCAUUGGCCGUUUGGGUCGGCUGUGGAUCGACCGCCGGGGAAUGAGUGGAAUGACUACACCGCCGAGGGUGGAAGGCGAAGAGUAUACUGAUCGGUGGAAGUAUGACCAAGACGACGAGGACGAACCGCAGGUUUACGAGGUGGACCCAUAUGACACGCGAGCCUUGAAGUUCCGCGCGACGAUCCCCUUGUCGCAGUAUGUGUACCAGCGCCGGCAACUUCCGCAUGAGGGCAUGGCCAACGGCCAAGCAACUCCGCAAGUAGCAGCAGCGGCUGGCAGACCUGCACUGCCGCAGCCUCCGACGCCGCAGCAGCAGGGUCAACCACAGCCGCAAGCAACGCCGCAGCAACCGCGGCAGCCGCCUCAGGCUUCUCCGCCAGCUCAACCUGCUGCUACCCCCUCAUGA